AUGGACCGAAGUGAUUUUAGAUUACGUUCACUUUUACUUCAAGUUGAUCGCGAUUUGACUGAUGUUGAACGUCAAAAAUUUUGUUUUCUAAUCGGUUGCGAUGAUGUGCCACGUCGAUAUCUUGAUGCUAUUGCUAAAGAUAAUUCAGCAUCCAUGACUAGUAUAUGGGAAACACUAUUUGAUCGACGAAAAAUUACUGUUAAUAAUGUAAAUUAUAUUAUUGAACGCCUCGACAAAAUUCAGCGUCUCGAUUUGGCUGAACUGCUAAGAAACUAUUGUCCAUUGCCUUUUUCAUUGUCAACUGCACCAUCGACAGAAACCAAACAUCAAACUGAACAGCGCACAAAUAUAUCGGAUCUUUUUUCUCGUAUUGAUCCGUAG